AUUGGCUGCUUGUGUCACGUGCAUUGGGACUACACCCGGAAGUAUCCAGGAUCAUGGCUGACACUUUUACGAGCUGAACACAAACAACUGAAAUCCCAAACCAUGAAUAUUGUGGGCCAGUUGGCAGAGACUGUGUAUGUGACGGUCAAAGAGCUGUACAGUGGCCUCAACCCUGCCACUCUCACCGGAGGGAUAGAUGUCAUCGUGGUACGACAGCCUGAUGGGUCGUUCCAGUGUUCACCUUUUCAUGUCCGCUUUGGCAAACUGGGAGUGCUUCGCUCCAAGGAGAAAAUUGUGGACAUUGAGAUAAAUGGAGAAUCAGUUGACCUGCACAUGAAACUGGGGGACAAUGGUGAAGCUUUUUUUGUGGAACAAAAUGAAAACUUGGAGACGGAAGUCCCUGCCCAUCUCUGCACUUCCCCUAUUCCUCUUGAUGACCCAGAAGAGACGACCGAAGCAUCCUCAGUCUCUGGUUCCGGAACGCGCAAGAAGAGGCGUCGUCGGAAACGCGCGCGCUCAGAUAGUCACCAAAGAGAAGAGGGCAUCUCCUCUUCAGAUGAACAGGACAAGGAAUUGGACAAAGAUCAUAGUGGACAAGAUAGUCCAAAUAAAGAAAACCAUGCCACACAGUUGCAAGUCAGUAAAUCGGUGUACUACUCGUUGUCUGAGGAGCCACCCGAGGAGGAGCUGGAGGUCAGAGAUGCUCACCGACACUCAGAUGGAGACCAGUCACCUGUAGAAAAUGUGUUCGACAGCCGUCCAUCCUCUCCUAAGAGUGACUCUGAACUUGUGGUGAAAAACCAUGAGUCUUCUGGAGUACUGAUGCAGUGGAACUGGGGUGGCUUUCCCAUGCCACGCCACUCUGAGAGAUCCUCAGUGGAAAUCCAGCAUUCUGAAACUCAUUUUCGCACUAUUCAGAGGCAAGACUCAUUUGACAUGGGCAAUGAGCCUGUGAACAAUUUUAGCAGAGUGCGCCGUGUAACUGUGGUCAGACCACAACCCAGGACUCAGUCACUAGACCUGAGUAACUAUGCUUUACAAACAAUGCCUCUGACGUUUGAUAACAACCAUACAUUGACCAGUUUAACCCUUUGUGACCAAUCAAAAAGUGGCUCAGAGAAGGAUGACUCUGAAAUCUCUGCCCAUGCAGACAGUUCAGUCAAUAUUAGCUAUGUUAGUGGCAUAAGUGAUACAGCGGAUGCACAAACUAAUAUAGAAAGUCAACCAGGUAAAGAAAGCCAAGACACUCAGGUCGCAACAAAUGUCCCAGACAACGAAAGUGUAGUUAGUGCAGCAUCCUCAAAUAUUCAGCAGACUGAGCAUUGGGAACAAGGCUACACUAGUAGCACCCCUGUGAGUGAGGGUGACCGUGGAAUAGAUCCCUGCUCUGAGAGCGUGAAAGAGAAUGGCAGACCUGAUGUGGCAGACUUUGCUUCUCCAAAAGAUGACGCUAAAGACAAUGAAGUCAGUGGGAAAACUGCUGAAGAAUUAGGAAACUUCUCCGAAAAAUCUAACAAUCAAGAACAAGACAAAAAGAAGGGCAAACGUAACCAUCAUCUGGGACCAACAGGCAUUUACUUGGAUGAUCUGACUUCACUUGAUCCUGAGCUUGCAGCUCUCUACUUCCCCAAAAGUGAAACAGAGCGUUCCUCCCCUCCUGUUGUAGAGCGAGGUUCUGGCUCAGGAAGUCAAUCACCGCAAUCUAUGGGUGCACUGGAUAGUGGUACAGAAUACCUGUCAGAUUCUGCGUCCUACACAACAGAAGUCAGCAUGUCCCUCUGUGGAUGCGUAGGUGACACCAGUCAAAUCACCAAAGAUAAGUUUUUGGAGCACUUAGUGUCAUACCAAGACUUUGUCAACAAUCCAGGAAUCGUUGAUGAUCCUAGUCUUGUGAUAUGUAUCAAUUCCAAUUAUUAUAACUGGGCAGUGGCUGCUCCAAUGAUCUUGUCACUGACCGCUUUCCAGAAGAAUUUACCCAAGAGUACUGUUGAGAGCUUAGUGAAAGACAAGAUGCCCAAAAAGUCUGGCCGCUGGUGGUUUUCCUGGAGGAGACGUGACUUAGACAAUAAUCAGGUUGCUCCCCCAAAAAAGGAUGAGGAGGCAAUGCUGCGUGGGGAUCCUAGCGCAGUCACAGACGCGCUGUGUGAUGCAGAAAGUGUUGCUGCAGCAAAUCAAAAAGCCAUCAUUUCUUCUAGCCUGUCAACAGAAACACUUCGCACCACUCAUUGUCUCACUCAGUUGUACCGCAAAUCACUUCGCCUGACAUCUGAACAGAUAGAGAACCUAAAUCUGCGCGAAGGAGCCAACAAGGUGAUAUUUAGUGUGACCACUCAGUACCAGGGAACCUGUCGCUGUGAGGCCGCCAUCUAUUUGUGGAACUGGGACGACCGUAUCAUCAUUUCGGACAUAGACGGCACAAUUACCAAGUCUGAUGCUCUGGGACACAUCCUGCCUCAGUUUGGCAAAGACUGGACACACAAAGACAUUGCUAAGCUCUACCACAAAAUUCACCAAAAUGGCUACAAGUUUCUGUAUUGUUCUGCGCGAGCGAUAGGCAUGGCCGCCAUCACGAAGAACUACCUGCAGUGGGUCAAUGACAAAGGCACUGUUCUCCCGAAAGGCCCAGUACUGCUGGCCCCGAGCAGCCUAUUUUCAGCACUGCACAGGGAGGUGAUUGAGAAGAAGCCAGAGGUCUUUAAAGUUGCUUGUCUCAGUGACAUCAGAGACUUAUUCAAUCCCAAAAGACAGCCUUUCUACGCCGCCUUUGGAAACAGGACCAACGAUGCUUAUGCCUACACACAGGUAGGGGUACUCGACACCAGGAUAUUUACUGUCAAUCCAAAAGGGGAGCUGAUCCAGGAGAUGACCAAAGGAAACAAGUCCUCGUAUAGCCAUCUAGGUGAGCUAGUGGAACAUUUCUUCCCAGCGCUUGAUGGGAGUGGCUCCUUUGCUUUUGCGUGUCCUGAGUUCAGCAGCGUCACCUAUUGGAAGGAACCACUGCCAGAACUGGACCUCGAGACACUACUGUAG